AUGGCUGCUGCUAUUCUCGAUCAUCUCCACAAGAAUCGAUUAAAACGCCAUGUGAUGAAGCCGGAAAUAGUCAGUGAAGAGCUUGGUGUCCACGUUAUGCAGCGCCUCGCACCUUUCCUUCGCCGCAAUGCGCCCACGGAUAUUCUCGACUUAUGGCCAGGUUGCGGACUCUUCUCAUCGAAAGUCAACGAGUUCCUUCGUCCGCGUCGGCAUGUUAUGUUGGAGCCGGACUUAAAAGUCUGGCAAAAGUUCCUGAAGCCUCUAACCGAGGCGGGAGAGGGCUACAAAUUGCUUGACACAAACCCUCGUUCCUUCUCCGCCUGGGAUGAGCUUUUGAAAGAGCAUUUUCCUGAGCAGGGACCUGAGAAUGCCGAUACUAGCGGGGCACUACCUUGCAAUCCCAACUUGCUGGUGGUCGCCAACUUGACGCGCCCUACCUCGCCGAAAGACCACAUGACUACAACCCGAUGGAUUUCUUCCUUUAUGGAAACCUGUCUAUGGCAACAAGGCUUGCACUCAUACGGUGCCGUCCGCCUGUUGGCUGUACUGCCUCAGGAUGAUUUUAGCGGCAUAAUCCCCCACGAGCCCGGCGACCGCAAACGCGCCGCGAUCUUGACUGAGAACGUCGCUUUGCACAACGUCACGGUUGCCACACACGACGAGCUUUGCUUCUGGGCCAACGUAAAGGGUAUCAAGUACGCUGAAGAGGAACGCAUCCGUGUCACAGAACAAGCAUCGGCCAACGGUUUCCUGCCUAUUCCGGGCCGUGAGCCAUCCCCUAUAACCCCCGCGCCGGACCUCUCCCAUCUCGCUCGUGACCCCGAAAAGCAUUGUUACGAGCCCCGCAUCCGGAGCGAUCUCCAUUCGCAGCUGCUGGAGGAAAUCGAAAGGAUUGACAAGAUGUCAUCGAGUUCGCCGGAUUACGAAGCAGCCAGAAAGGUCCGCGGUCGCGCAAUCACUCGGAUCAAUUCAGAAAACCGAGCGAACGGCCUCAACUGGCUCAUUGUCGAGAAAUUGACGCAGCUGGAUGAGCUGUACAAGAACGUGGCCCGCUUGGCCGCGCGCCCGACAACCACGCGCGCCGACUUCGAGCCGCUCCUCUCUGAAAUCGCCUCCUUGAAGCAAGUCAUCGACGCCCAUUACAAAAAAGUCCAGACCAAAUGGCGGCCCGCGCUACGAUAUAUGCUAGACGACAUGCGCUCCCGGGCUUCCGGCGACAGGGCGGCCCUGCUGCACUGGGACCGCCGGCCCUUUGAGCCGCUACGCAUGCAGGCCAACGAGACGUACCCCCAGGGCGAAAAGCGCAGCAUCCUUUACUUCGAACCCGACCCCAACUCGCCCGUGGCGCGCAAACUCUUCUCCCUCGACCCCGCGACGCGCGCCGCCGCCGCCGACCUCUUUGAAAUCCUCACCCUCUCCCUGUAUCGCGGCCGCACCGAUCUCACCCUCGGCGAGAUGCUACCAUUGGUGUUCCCCGGCCGAUCGAUCAACGACUGCGUGCGCGCGAUUCCCGGCCUGGCGCAGCACACCGUCCGCACCCCGAAGCCGGAUUUCGACGCCCUGCCCAAGACCCUCAUCGCCAAACCCAGUGCCGGCGCCGCUGCUGACAAAAACGGCGCCGCGGCGCAGCAGCUGGACCCCGCCAUGUGCUUCCAGGAGAACCUUGACUACGACGUCAGCGACGUGCGCGUGCACAUCAUCCCUUGCCCGGUGCUGUGGGACAUCUGCAUCGAGUACUCGCACUACGAACACCGUCAGUCAGUCCGGUCGCUCGCUCGAGCCCUCGGCGCCACAUUGACGGGUUCCCGACUGGGGACUCAUCUUACCAAGGGCAAGAAACUCAACUGA